AUGGAUGACGACGAACUCAACGCUUCAAAAUCACAAGCAAUAUUUGAAUUUACUAAAAGAAAGAGAUGGGCUGAUACAUUGAUCUCGGAGCUUGUCAAUGUUGCCAUUCUCGUCUUUUCUCAAACUGGGACUGUUAUUCACUGUGAUGCUGCAAUUAAUGCUGUAACAGGGUAUCCAGAAGAACAAGUUGCCGGUCGAAAUUUUUCGGAAUUGUUACAUCCCGGAGACACACUUGAAUUCUUCAAAGCAUUUGAGGAUUGCAUUGCGACGCAGAAAGAGCUCACUUUAUACGUGCGAAUUAAAGCCU